UAUGACUGUGUGAAAAUUCAAGUCGUCUCUUGAUUUGUUGUUUCUGAACUAACGUUACUUUUAUUACUAGUGUCAAGGUAUCUCUAUGUCGAACGUUACGGAGUUGCAAUUAUCGCGGAGAGAAUAAGCAGUGGCCAUGGUGCUGACGAGAGAUGAAGCAUUCAAGAUUCUCAACCUGACAGAAGAUGCAGACAAGAAUGCCGUUAGGCAAAGCUACAAGGAGCUGGCCUUGCGCUGGCAUCCCGAUAAGAAUCCUGGAUCAGAAGUUGCUACUAAGAAGUUUCAAGAGAUAUCCUGCGCGUACAAGAAGCUGACGUCUGACGGUGAUGAUGAUGAUGACGAGGAUGACGAUGAUGAUGUCAUGACGGCGGAUGACAUGUUUACCUUGUUCCAUCACAUCUACUUCAGUCGUGCAAAUGGUGAUAGUGGAGGCUUGUUCGGUACCAUACUGGAGGAGAUUAUGCACUCGCAUAUGCAUCAUGACUGUGGUGCGUACGAGGAUGCUGAUUACUACGACUCUGGUGACAUGGAUGGCGACGAGUUUGACGAUGACGAGGAUUUCUUCGGCUAUGAAGCCAGCAAUGCAGACUUCUUCAUGCCGGCAAACCACUUUACUGAGGACUCUUACGGUUCAAGCUAUCGACGUUUCCAUCCUGUAACGGAAGAGGAGGCACGGAAAAAUGCAGACGAACUGCUAAAGGAGGAGGAGAAGGAGAAAGAAGAGGCAAAGAAGAAAGAUGAUAAGCGCAAAAACAAGAACAAGAGGAAAAAAGAAGCAAAGAAGAGGAAGAAGGCUGCACAAACCCCUACUACUAACAAAGCAACGAAAGCUCCAACUACAACUACCAAGACAGCCAAGAAAGCUGAACAGGCAUCACAAGAGGAAGAAGAAGAUGAGGAAGAAUCAGAAUGUGAAAAGCCAGCCAGUGAAGAGGAAGGUGACUUUGACAUGACGUCAGCGUUUGUGCGUAGUCGAGCCGGAGCAGCACCUGCCAGCAGCAGCAACGCCAAGACAACGAGUGCACAGGAUAGCUCCGCACGCAGAGAUGUAUCUCCAGCAUCAUCCAACGCUAGUGGGCAGAAGUCUAACGCUGCAACACCUGCACCGUCUACUGUUGGUCAAGCAACGUCGGCUGAGGGUCCAGUGUCUGCUGAAGUAGAUGAUGUGACAGUGCAGGCCCGCUCCUAUGCAAUGCGAGGCAAUGAGCUUGCUCAGCUGGGCCACUAUCAGGCUGCAAUCGACAUGUUCUCCGAAGCAAUCAAGCUACAUGAUAGCGAUCAUCGGUAUUAUGGCAAUCGAUCAUUCUGCUACGACCGCCUUGCUCAGUACCAAAGUGCUGAACGGGAUGCAAGCAGAGCUAUUGACCUGUCACCGGAGUGGCCCAAGGGCUACUUCCGACGAGCCAGAGCGUUGGCAGGACAGCGGCAAUGGAAAGAAGCAGAGGAUGCGUUUGAAGUUGUCUUGGCACUUGAUCCUAGCUGUACGGAUGCAUGGGUGGAGCUGAAGAAGAUCCGAGCAUAUCAAUUACAACAAAUGGGUUUCAGCCAUGAGCAGUCACUGCUGGCACUGGAUAAGUAUCAGAACGUGCCACAAGCGCUUGAUGCCCUGCUGUCGGGUGCAAUAUUUCAGAAGGACCCGGAAACAGAGGCUGCUAUGUAUGAGUCGGAUGAAGUGGCAGAGCCGCACCACCAGUCGGCUGUACAGUUUACAACACGCGAUGACUUGUGUACACCCAACGCCAGCACUGGUAUCUGCUCAGUCUGGGUUGGCAAUGUCAAUCACUCGCUUGUUACUCAGUCGGAUGUCAGGAAGCUCUUUGAAAGGUUUGGUGAAAUCUCCAGUAUCCGUACAAUGCCGGCCAAGCACUGUGUGUUUGUCAACUACUGUACAUCACAGUCAGCAGCUAAUGCAAUGAGAGAUUUGCAGGGCUAUUACAUUGGUGAUAUGAAUCUGACUGUUCGCUAUCCAGACAGCUAUCUACCGCAAGAUGUACUUGAACCGUCACGUGGUGGUGCCGCGCCAGCAGCUGCUGCCUCCAAGUCUCACAACACCUUUGGUGCUAAUGGUGGUGCCAAUGGUGGUGCUAAUGGUGGUGCUAAUGGUGGUGCUAGUGGUGGUGCUAGUGGUGGUGGACAGGGUGGUCGGGGCCGUGGUAGAGGCUCGACUGCUGCUGCUGCUUCCUCCACCUCACGACAACAGAGAGCUGUUGGAGCACAAGCGCGGGCUGCGGCUGCACGGAAAAGAGAACGGUCAACAGCUACAGCGCAGCCUUCCGUCUCUACCGGCCGUGGUGGUGGUCGUGGAGGUGGUGGUGGUGGUGGAGGAGGAGGCGCAGGUACUGCUGCUUCCGUCUCUACUGGCCGUGGAGGUGGUGGAGGAGGUGCAAGUACUGCUGCUUCUGCUUCUAGUUCUUCCAAGGCACAGGAGUGCUUGCAUUGGAGAGGCAAAGGCUGCAUGUAUGGCAAGAAAUGCCACUACCAGCAUGUUCCUGAGCACAAGGGUAUUGAUGUACGCUAGUCAAUAUCGGCCCACACACACACACACACACACACACACACACACACCAUCGCUAUGGCUAGGUGGAUGUGUGUGCACAUGUGUGUGUGCAUGUUUGUGUGUGAACGUGUGUGUGUGUGUGUGUGUGUGUGUUUGCUGUAUCCGCUUUCACCUGAUAUAAUACUAUUGAGGUUUGAGGGUGUUGUUCCAUCGUGUGUAUGUAUAACCCCACGCUCGUCAAGAUGUUCCGUACCAACCCACUUCUAUCUCCUCCGUAGUCUUUUUAUUGCUGGUAGUUGUUUGCGUUAAAGCUGUUAUCGUUAUUCUUGUGGUUGCUGUCAUGUUGUUGACACCUUGCACUUUGUCUGGUCUAAUGUUCUUUGUCAUGUCCUGUGGCCACGAUUCCAUCACCUCUACCUGUUAUCACAGCUGCUCUCCGUGCUGGUGUGUCUCCAGACUGUCCACUGCUCCUUUCACAGCUUGGUCCUGUGGCCUGUGUGUGCGUGCGUGCAUGCGUGUGUGUGCGCGUGUGUGUGUGUGUGUGUGUUUAGUACACACACACACACACUGUUAGUGUGUAUGGUCAUGUGACUUGUGAUAUCUUGUUGUUGUCGCUGUGUGUUGCGUUGUGUGAAGUUAGCCCGCGUUUGGUAUUUUAUCCCUUAGUUUUCUAUCUACCAUAUUCAUCGGAAUAACUCCCACAAAAAUAACCUAGACGAGUUUCAUCGUUGUUCUUUAGUGUCCGGCUUUUUAUGGACUUACGUUGCUGAAGAUAUUUGCCACUUUACGUUUUUAACCGCUUUUCUCCUGAGUUCUCCAGAGCUUUCACUUGUGUUUUCCGUUUUUCUGAUUUCUUUCACUGGCUGUUACAGCUGUUACAGCUGGUGCUGCUGCUACUGACUGACUUGCUACUGACAGACUGGUAUGUAAGAAUAGACUUGAUUCUUUGUUGUUCUUUAUUUUGCUAUCAUCAUAAUUAUGGAAGAGAUAUCAAUCACCUCCCAA